AUGGCGCACGGAACUGUGCUCAACACAGGUAUUGCGUCCGUCAAUUUCGCAUCGCUUGGUGAUUCAGUUCUCCGGCAGCGCACAGUACGCGCAAUGGUAUACGAGCUGGCACUGGCGUAUGGAAUCGCAGUGCUAGCAAAUAUCAACCUUAGACACGGCAUAUGGUGCCUUCUAUACGCAAUGUUUUCAUCAGGCACGUUCCUGUAUACCAUCCUUGCAUACGUUGUUGGGCUCGGUGUGUUGACGCUGCAUUCGAUGCUGUGCUAUGUGGAGCGCGUGCCCGGGAAUGGUGGGUUUGCGCGGCUUCAGCGGCUGCUACGGAGCCCGGAGCGGACAUUGCUGGUGAUGCUCUGGUACAUGUUUUCUGCGAAUAUCAUGUUGUUUGCGCACCGGGUGGUGAUGGGCGGCAGUGUGUCGAGGAUGUGGCUGUAUCCCGAGGGCUUCUACGGGGCGCCGCAGCUGAAUCCGGCAUGGCUAGCGUCGGGGGCUCUGGCGACAGCGAGUGGACUGGCAUAUGCGGUGCAUAUGAUGGCUGACGAGCGUCUGCAGCUGUCGUUCCCGAUGAUUGAGCAAGGGCGCGUGUACGCAUUCAAGGAUCGCAUCCCCGAGAGCUUUCUGAAGGUGGUCCGGUUUGCGCGGCGCUCGAUUGCUUGGUUCUGGCCCGUGUACUUUGUGACUGGCUGGAUGGUUUACCGCGGGGCGUGCGCGGUGAUUGGACGUAUUAUGCGCACAUCGUCGUAUGCGGUCGGCAACCCGCUGCUCAGCCCCAGCGCUAUCGGGUUCUGGCUGUACAGCGGCACGCUGACGGUGCUCGUAUGGGAGCUGACCCACCAGCUGUAUGAGGUUAUCACCACGCAGCCGACGCGCAUUAACGAGAUGAGCCGUGAUUCUAACAUGUGCCUGGUCAAUGGGCUGAAGCACACUGGUAACCCGCUGGUCCAGCAUCUGGCAUUCCAGGAGCUGUAUCGCCUGGCGAUGUUCCGUCCAGCACAGCGGGCAGAGCUGCUGACGGACAUUGAUCGUAGCUCAGGCUCAAUGUGGUCGCAGGUCUCCAAGGAGUGUCUGGCAGUUGUUGAAACGGCGCGAGCGCAGCUGGCAGCACAGAAUGCCGAUGUGGCCAAGCCCAAGGUGGAUGCUGUCAAGCCCAAGGCAACGACCACGGCACUGAGCAGCGGCAAUGCGCCGAUGGGCGACAUUCUGCGGCGUGGCGGACGCCCAAAACCAGAGGAGCCGCAGCUGCAGCCGCCUCUCCCGUCUGGACUGAUUGGCGGGUACAACGUGCCGCCCAAGGCCACGUCGUUGGACCUGUUUGGCCCCGAGGCCCAGGGAUUCGAAAAGUACGUGCUGACGAAGCUGCGCGACAUGCUGGUGCAGUCGCCGCUUGGAACCAAGCUGCUGGCGCGCACGCCGCAGGCCAGCUCAUUGGCGGUGUUUGGCAACUUCCAGCAGCAGGUGUGGGCUGUGCGCUCCGUGAUGCGGUUGGUUGAGGCGUCGCUGACCGAGGACUCGUACGGCGUGGUGCAGGGCGACCUGCCUGGCAUUCUGGCGACGAUACUAGGGUACCUGUCGGAGCUUGAGCGCUGCGUGAGCCAGAGGCAGGGACCGGCAGUGGUCCGGGGUGAGUUUGUCGUGCAGGCGACCGAGCGCCAGGCGCAUGCCAUGAUCCAGGUACUGCGCAACGUCCUGUACGCCUUUGUCGUUUCGUUCUACGACUACCUGGCGUCGCUGAAGCUGACCCCCGAGGUCGCACAGCAGCUCCAAGCCUUUGUAAACUUCCAAGCCUGA